UGUUUUGAACAAGAGUUGUGGGUUUUAUCUAUGUUUUUUUAUGGGAAUAAAAAAAGGGUCUGAAGUUUUAAUCUGUCCCCAAAAUGUGUAAACUACAGCUGUUGAAUGUGUUUAUCACCGAGCGUUUAACAACAGCAGCAGUGGAGAUAUUUGUUUCGGCAGAAAAGACGUUAGCAGAGUACCAGGAGCGGCUAACAACAGCGGCAUUUGAGAUAUUUGUUGUGGUGGAAAAGACGAUCGCAGAGGUUCAGGGGGAGAACGACCGUCUACGGGGGCUUCUUCUAGAUCAUUUAGGAGCAGAUCCCCAGCAGCUAACUCUCCCUGAAGAGGAGGUGUCCCCUAAGCAGCAGCAGCAGCAUUGUGAGCAGGAGUGGAGCCCCAGUCCGGGGCAGGAGGACCCAGAGCCCACACAGAUUACAGAGGAACAGGGGGAACUCAGGACCAGUCAGGAGGAAGAGCAGCUUCAAAGACUUAGGUCUGCUACCACAGAGGUUGUACAGUUGAUAUUUAUUCCUCCCUGUGUGGAAAGUGACUGUGACCAGRACAGCAAGACAGACUCUCUACCCAGCAACACAACUGAACAGACCCAAACAGCAUUGGAUGACGAGGAUUACAGAGCAUCACAMCUAACCAGUCACUYUCAUCCCCUCUCUACAGUAAAUCCACACUGUUCUUCAGCUCUGAGUGAAAUCAUUGUCAGUAUUKAUGAAGACGAGWGUGAAGAACUACCGUCAAGGUCAAAGAGAACACGGGAAAAGAAAAAACAAAGCUCUCAAGUCUGCACGAAGACCAAGACAACCAGUGAGCUGAAAGCACCUUUAAAGUCUCACACAAGGCAGGAGACCAUACAAGUGUCAUGUGUGCAGUAAAAGCUUUAAGACACCAGGCCGCUUUAAAAAGUACGCUUGGAGAAUUCAC